GCCUUUAAACUUAUGAUGUUAUGUUGCUCAAAUAUUAAAUUAUAGAUUAUAUAUAUGCCGACGUCUCAAAAGGUAAACUACAAAGCAAUUGCUUCUUAUAUAUUUAAUUUAAAGAGUAGGAAAUGGUGAAGGCACCUUCUUGUGAGAAAGUUGGGCUAAAGAGAGGAAAAUGGACAGCUGAAGAAGAUGAAUUAUUGGUGAAAUAUAUUCAAGCUAAUGGAGAAUGUCCAUGGAGUUCUCUUCCUAAAAAUGCUGGUUUAUUAAGAUGUAGAAAGAGCUGCAGAUUAAGAUGGACGAAUUAUUUGAGACCAAACUUGAAGAGAGGCAAAUUUACUGCAGAAGAAGAUGAAACCAUUGUCAAAUUGCAUAGCUCCAAGGGAAAUAGGUGGUCCUUUAUAGCCCAACAUUUGCCUGGCCGAACAGAUAAUGAAAUAAAGAACUAUUGGAAUUCUAACUUACGUAGGAGAAUUUACAACUUUAGGAACCCCAAAGAGCUCAUCAAAACCACUGCAAAUGUACCAAAAAUGGCAGUUGAUGCAGAUGGCAAUAGUGACAAAUCCUCAAGAAAACAAGAUGUAGUCACGGGGUCCGAAGGGGAUUCAAUUGAAUCCCUUUUACCAGAAAAUUAUACCGUUGAUAUAAGUUCUAAUCGAGAAACCAACUCCUCAUCAUGUCCUGGUAGCAAGGACGACGGAGCUACGUGGUCUGAAGAAGGUUCAACUGAAUUUCUUUUGCUGGAAAAUUAUAAUGUUGAUGAUAUUGGUUCAACGCGGAAAACCAACUCCUCAUGCCCUGGAGGUAGUGGUGGAGCUACGUUGUCGGAAGGGGAUUCAAUUGAAUUUUUUUUGCUGGAAAAUUAUAAUGUUGUUGAUAUAAGUUCCACUCCGAGAACCAAGUCCUCUUGCCCGGGAGGCGAGGCACGGUUUGAAGGAGGUUUAAUUGAAUCUCUUUUAUCGGAAAAUUAUAUUGUUGAUGACAUAGGUUCCUCUCGGAAAACCAACUCCUCAUUAUGCCCUGGUAGAACGGGCGGAGCUACGUGGUAUGAAGGGAAUUCAAUUUAA